UGCUGCUGCUGCGCCGGUGCUGCUGCUGCCGCUCUCGCCCGGCGGUGCGUGUUGUUGUUUCGGCCCCGCGCCGAAACAGCCUCGCGGGGGAGAGGGCAGGGGGAGGUCGGGGGAGGCGAGGCGAGGCGAGGCGGCCGCGCGGAUGAUGACGGGGCUGGUGGGCAGCCCGGUGGGUGCCGUCAUGCAGGAGAGCAUCGCGUGCUCCGUCGCCAAUCGCUUCUGCCACCUCCUGGACGACGAGUCGGACCCGUUCGACGUCCUGCGCGAGGUCGAGCGGCUCCGGCAGCAGCGGAAGAAGCGCGGCGAGGCGGCGGCCGGCGGCCGGGCGGGCGGCGGCAGGAGGGAGCCGCAGAAGGAGCCCCCGAAGGAGCGCAAGCAGCCGGGGAGCUGCCCCGCAGCCUCCCCCGCGGCGCCGCCGCAGCCAGGCCCAAAGCAAGUACCCAAGCAGGGAGAAGAACAAGGGUUCAAUAACAGAGGCACAGAGGGGAGACAGAACAAAACUGAAUGGAGAACAUCUUUCAGGGAAUUCCGUCCCUAUGGAGCACAAAGACAAGUGGAAUUCUCAGUGGAACGACCAGUGGAAAGAUUAGAUGAUGAAAGACCAAUAAGAGGCCGUGGUGGGGGAAGAGGCAGAAUGAGAGGUAGAGGAAGAGGUGGUGGAUUAAAUGGAAGUUUUGAUGGGUUUGACCAAAGAAGAAAACAAGAACCUGAAAGACAAAGUGGGAAUGAUAAAAUUUUUAGGGGGAAGGAACAGACUGCAUCUAUGGAGGAGACCGUGGAAACUCUUGGACAGCCAGGGACACCUGAAAGACAGCCUCUGAGCAAAGCUACUGAAGGAGAGCCAAUGGAAGAAGUGGUUCAAGAAAUGACAUUAGAUGAGUGGAAAAAUCUUCAGCAACGGAAUCGACCAAAGCCCGAAUUCAACAUUCGGAAGCCAGAAUCCACUGUUCCUUCCAAAGCAGUGGUGAUUCACAAGUCAAAAUAUAGUGACGAUUUGCAAAAAGAAGACUUUGAAGAUAAUUCUCAUGUCUUUCGAAAACCAGUGAAUGAUAUAACUUCUCAGCUGGAUAUUAAUUUUGGGAGUCUUCCUCGCCCUGGCCGUGGAUCAAGAGGAGCACGAGGUGGUCGUGGCAGAAGGCUUGAAGAGACAGGACCACGACCAGAAGUAGUGGUGCAACUUGUUGCUCCAAAUCCUAAUGAUCCAGAGGAUUUUCCAGCUUUAGCUUGAAGACCCAUAAAGAAUGGUGGUAUCUCAAAGUUGCUUUCUAAAUAUAAAGUGACCAGUUCUAUGCUGGUGUGGAUUAAGGAAGCCAGUUUCCUUCUGGAAAGUUCUUUGAAUAUUUGGUUCUGUCUGGUAAUAGAGUUGGGUUCUGGAAAUAUGUACACUGGGAUCCUGUCACAGGCUCCAAUGUCUGCUUCCAUUUAUGAAACUUAUGGGAAAGCUUGUAUUACUUCCCUACUAGGCUUCAAGUGAAGUUAAAGGGAAGAGUGUUUAAAAAUGUAUAUAUAGAGAUUAUAUCAAGUUCUCCAUGACACAAUGGUGAAAUGUAAACUGUACAACACGAUCCACAACUGGGACUCAAUUUCACUGUAUAUUUGAAAGUAGAUUCUUUUGGGUGAAGUGUAUAUUUCAGACAGUCACAAGUUGCAGUUCUUCAGAGUUUCACAAAUAAAGAAAAGUGCACGUUU